GUCAAAGGACUUGAAAGCUCGGAUAAAGAUGCUCAACGUCUCUGGUCGCCGGAACCUUGUCACCGGGUGAAACUGAGUUAUCUGGAGGGUCACACACACACACACAGAAGAGACGCAGAAGGGACCGCAUUGUUUCUCGGUUUCGGCGCGCGUGCACUCCACCGACAUGGAACUGAAGAAAUCUAUAUCGGACACCGAGCGCGCGCUCAGGAGCUACGGAGCCGUGUCGGAAACGGCAUGGACAACGGACAAAGGUCACUCGGAUGUGUCCAUGGCAGAGAGCACGAUGUCUCCAGAGGAGAUCGAGGUGGAGAUGGCUCGUAUCCAGCGCCUGCGGGAAGUCCUGGUGCGCAGAGAGUCAGAGCUGCGCUUCAUGAUGGAUGACAUUCAGCUCUGCAAAGACAUCAUGAGUUUAAAGCAGGAGCUAAGGCAGAUUGUCGCAGUACCAGAGAAAGAAAAAAACAAGAAGCACAGGCAGCGAGAAGAGGAACUGAUCCUGAAGAUCCAUAAACUGGUGCAGAAGAGGGAUUUCUUGGUCGACGAUGCAGAGGUGGAGAGAUUAAGACUAAGAUGUGGCUGUUCUGUACCUCAGGGAGCAAGAGGAGGACAAAGAGAUGGCGGAGUUCCUCAGGCUGAAGCUGAUGCCUCUGGAACAGAAGCUCAAAGUCACACAGAAUCCUCCAAAGCCCAAGAGACAAAUCCCCGAGCCACCUCCCAACAAACCAUCCAUCACCAAGUCAGGAGCGGCCAUCAUUAAGGACUGCUGCGGAGCCACCCAGUGUGCUGUAAUGUAACUGACACAAACCUGUUUAUGGCCCCAACCCUGUGUCAGACAACACACUUCUAUGACAUAACAUACAUCACUUCCUGUUACUCAGAGAACCACAGUCAACCACGAAACUGUUCAGGAAUCAGAUUCAUAGCUUAGUUGCAAGAGUUUCGGAGCUGAUCCCUGGUCAGUAUUUAAGGGAAACUUUUAUAGUAAGGAGCUUUUAACCAAGUGAGCGAAUGAAAUAGAGAAAGGAAGCUGUGAAGAGGACUGUAAAUAAAAACUACGAUAAAUGUGUUGAUUUAUUUAUUCGGUUCAUUUUCAGAUCAGUUCAUUCCAUCAUGACAUUUCUUUAAGAUGGCUAAACGAUCCGUGAUGAUGCGUCUCAUCUGCAGAACUACAAGCACAAUGUCCACAAAGUGAGCUCGGGGGG